GUGCAAUUUCGCGCGGGCCGGCUGGGGCGCUUGGCCCGCCUCUGCAGCUCCACACCCGACAUCCAAACAAGACCACCUGAAACAUGCACGACAGCCAGCUAACACAGCUACUAUACACACAAGUUUCACUGACGAAAGACAUCACGACUGAAGGCUGCAGGCACUCAGCGGAAGCUAAGCUGACAAAUGCGCACAAUGUAUAACUGCUAGAUUGGUUUAGCUUACAGUUAGAAGCAAGAGCGAAGGCCGACGCCUGGAGCAGGAGGAGCAGGGCCAAGGAUUGAAGAGCUUACUUCUGAGCUUACCCGACAGAGCUUCAGUUGAACGAAGCAUUAGGUUGCAAUGGCCUCUAAACAACUGCUGAGGCGCUUGCCUCUUUUUGCGAGAGAGGGAUGGAGCGCUUCCGUCAACUCAGCGGGUGCGCUGCCCGAGGUUACCCAUGAUAUACUGCCCAUUGUCUCUCGCGACUCGGCCGACAGCCCCAGGCAUUCUGGCGUGCCCAUGGCCGGGUCGUCAAUGGCUGCGUCGGGCGUGCGCCACCAGAAGCUGCCUCGCGACUCGGCGGCUGGCCAGACGCUGGGGCAAUGGACACACAAGCUGUCGCACCUUGCGCAGCCGCUGCAGAAGCCCCUUGCCACGCUAGGCGUGCCGGCCGCUGCCACAGCAGCAGACCUGACGCGCACGGCAUGGCCGGCUCUGGCGAUCCCGCUCGGCACCACCACGGCUGCGGCGGGCAUGAGCCCCUCGAUGCAGGGGCCCACCAUCCCCACCUCGAUUGCGGCGGCGACGCUGCCGGCCAUCGCGGACCUGAUUAAGCAGCAGUCGCGCGCGAGCGCCGCAGCCACCGGCGGGAAGGGUGACAUGGACGCCACCGCGUCACCUUCGUCCGCGCUGCGCUCCUCGGGGUCCUCGGAGGCGUCCGGCAGCGCAGUCGCUGUGGACGACGCAAUGCUGGAGCCUGCGGGCGCGUCGGUGGCCUCUCAGGCGCACCAGCCCCAGCCGCAUACGCCGCCCAUGCCGGCGCCUCAGCCGCACGUGCAGCAGCUGCCUCCGCAUCAUCCGCACCACCAGCAGCGCCGCAGCAGCAGCGGCGCGGGCGGCCGCGGCGGCGGCGCCGCCAGCAGCUCCAUCCAGCUCAACAAGCACAUCAUGGCCUGCCGUAAUACCGAGGAGCUGCUGGCCCUCGUCCAGUCGCGCGGCGCGCACUUUGACUACUUCAACAUCUCUACCGCGCUGGCGCGUGUGCCCAAACUGGCCGCUGCCUCCGGCCCCGGUGGCAUGGCGGGCAGCAGCUACGGUGGCUACGCCGGCGCGCCGCCGCCGCCGCCCCCUCCUCCGCCGCCUGCGGUCAGCAAUGGCAACGGCAACGGCUUCAGCAGCGACGGCUCCGGCCCUCUGGCCCAUCUGGGUCAGGGCGGGUCGGGUGCCGGCGGCGUGCUGCCGGGCGAUCUGCACGUGGAUGCGGCGGGGCGGCUGCUGCUUGACCACCUGGCGGCGCUGAUGAUAAACCAGAUCAACAGCUUUGACGCGCGCGGGCUGGCCAACUCGGCCUGGGCGUUCGGCAAGCUUAAGUACGUCCCAGCCGCCGGCACCUCGCUGCCCACCGUGAUUGCGGCGGCGGCGCUCCGGCGCAUGGGCGAGUUCUCCCCGCAGAACCUGUCCAACCUGGUGUGGAGCUUUGUGUACAUGCACCACGUUGACGAGGCGCUGCUGGCGGCCGCGGCGCGCUACGUGGUGGCGCGUGUGGGCGAGUUCAAGCCGCAGGAGCUGGCCAACAUCGUGUGGGCCUUCGCUAGCCUAGGCUACCGCGACGAGCAUAUGCUGCACGUGGUUGCCAGCCAGGCGCAGCGCAUCGCGCCGCUGUUCAAGGAGCAGGAGCUGUCCAACGUGCUGUGGGCGCUGGGCAAGAUGGGCCUGCGCCACCGGCCCGACGUGCUGGAGUCCUUGAUGGUCGAGACGCGCACCAAGCUGCCCGCCUUCCUGCCCCAGGGCAUCAGCAACGUGGCCUGGGCGCUGGCGGCGGUGGGGCACGUGGACGAGCUGUUCCUGGACCGUGUGGUGGCGCAGUGCGGCCGCCAGCUGGGCGCCUUCGACGUGCAGGCGCUGGCAAACCUGGUGUGGGCCAUGGCCUCACUGGGCUACUACCAGCCGCCCUUCCUGGCGGCCUUGGUGAACGAGUGCCUGGCCCGCGGCCUGGACCGCCUGUCGCCGCAGAACCUGUCCAACAUCCUGUGGGGCUGCGCCACGCUGGGCCACCGCGACCCGCGCAUGCUGUCGGCCUGGGCGGCGCAGACGCUGGAGAAGCUGCCGUCGUUCGAGCCGCAGGGCCUUUCCAACACCGCCUGGGCUUUCGCGCGCCUUGGCUUCCACAGCCCACAGCUGUUCCAAGCCCUGGCCGCCGCGGCGCUGCACAAGAUUGACGGCUUCACGGCUCAGGGCCUGUCCAACCUUGCCUGGGCCAUGGCCACCGCCGGCCACGCCCAGCCGCGCCUGUUCGAGGCGCUGGCCCGUCAGGCUGCGGCUCUGGCGCCCACCGGCGCCUUCAACGCCCAGAACUGCAGCGUCACGCUGUGGGCGGCGGCCAGCCUGCGCCACUACGACCAGGCGCUGUUCGACGCCAUGCUGCGGCGGCUGGUGGCGGCGCUGGAGGAGGGCGGCGCGGAGGCGGACGGCUGCGAGCCGCAGAACGUCGCCAACGCGCUUUGGGCCGUCGCACGGAUGGGCCACUCGCUGCCGGCCGAGGCCGCGGCGCCGCUGCUGCGGCACGUGGUGGCGCUGAUGCCGCGCAUGAGCCAGCAGGAGCUGUGCAACAGCAUGUGGGCGGUGGCGGUGAUGGAUCGCAUGGACGAGGGGCUGUGGGCGGCCUUCUGCGCCUGCCUCACGCGCCUGCCCGACAUCUCGCCCGAGGGCAUGCACCAGGCCUACCACGCGCAGCUGAUGUUCCACUCGCACCUGGCGCGCGCCGCCGGCAUGCCGCUGAGCAAGCUGCAGGCGCUGGCCGCCGCCGACCCCGCCGCGGGCUCGCGCAGCCUGCUGCCGUGCCUGCCCGAGCCGCUGCACACCGUGGCCGCCAGCAUGUGGGCGGCGUCGGCGCGCGACGUGCACGUGAGCCGCUUCCACCAGGAGGUGUCGGGCGCGCUGGCGGUGGCGGGCGUGCCGCACGCGCUGGAGUGGAUGACCGACGACCAGCACUUCUCGGUCGACAUCGGCCUGCAGGUGAACGCGCGCCCCACCGCCGUGGAGGUGAACGGCUCGCACCACUACGCCUCCAACGACCCGCAGCGCUCGCUGGGCGACACCGCGGUGCGCCGGCGCCUGCUGCAGGACCGCGGCUGGAACGUGGUGGACGUGGGCUUCGCCGACUGGGAGUCCAUGGGCCGCACCCUGGCCGAGCGCGGAUCCAACCUGGUGGGCCGCAUCGCCUCGUCCCUGGACGACUGGGACUGGCGCUACGUGGGCCUGCCGCAGCGCUCCGCCGCCGGCGCCGCAGCGCCGCCGCCCGCCGCGGUGGUCGCGCCCUCGCCGCAGCCUGCGGCGGCCGCUGCGCCUUCCACCGCCGCCGCCGCGGCGCUGGCUGCGCAGCAGCAGCAGGAGCAGCAGCAGGCGGCUGCGGCGCAGGCCCUGGCCGCGGCCCUGGGCCUGGGGCCGCUGUUCCCGAGCACCGCGGCCGCCGCCGCCAGCGCCUUCUCCUCCCUGGCCACGCCCGCCGGCCCUGCUCUGGACCUUGACCUCGAUAUGGAGCUGGCGGCCCUGGCGGGCUGGUCCGCCUCCAGCCCCUUCUCUGAGCUCAGCGCUCUGGCUCUCGCCGGCGGCGCGGGUGCGGGCAUGGGCGCGGGCGCGGGUGCGGGUGCGUCGCUUGCGGACCGCACCACGAGCUCGGGUUCGGCGAUGGACGAGGCGGCGGUGACCGCGGCGGUGGAGGCGGCGGAGGCGUUGGGCGCCAUGCCCGGCGGCAACCUGCUGCUGCAGCAACAGAUGUACGACGUGUUGGGGCUGAGCCGCUCCGCCGGCAUGCUGGCGGCGCUGCAGGCGCAGGCGGCGGCGCAGCAGGCGGCGGUGCUGGCCAGCCAGCACGGCAACGACGAGGAGGUGGUCAGCGAUGACGACCUGGAGCGCGUCGUGCAGUUCGCGCUGGCUUAGACAGCCGGUCUGCGCGCCAGAGAGACGCCAGAGCAGGUUCGGUGGAGGGCGGUGGAAAGCCAGCCGGCUUCGCUGCAGCCAGCCAUUCCCCACGCACAUGCAGGCAUCUGUGAUAUAGGCGGGGCAACCCGCAAACACAAAAGCGCGUUCUGUUGCAGGGCGCAGCCUAGCUUCUUGAGUACUAGAGCCUGGCCGCUUGAGUGGGCGACGGCCUCGGCAUUGCGGUAGCUCUCGUGGAGCUUGUCCGCGGGUUUACGCCAUUUAGCUUUUUGCUGGAACCGCAUUGGCUGGCGGCUGGGGCGACUGACCACCCGGUUGCCUGGCGGAUAGUGUCACGGCGACGCUAGCAGGGAGGUGAGCAGCAGCCAUCAACGCUAGGCUGUGGGGCUCAGCGCGCAUGCAGGUGCGGCUUCGCAAGCCGCGCAGUGUUUGUGACGGUGCUCCUGGCUCGCUUGCAGGCCGCGGACUGUAUCGUCAGGAACAUGUAGGAAGAAGGGCGCUCUCCUUUGUGAGGCAAGCUGCUGUAGUGCGCAGCAAUCAGUAUGGGCCCUGCCCACUCGCGUCUUUGGCAGAAGCUGCCCAUUUAGGCGCCAUCUUUAUCAGAUCAGCACUUGUGUGUACGUACUGAACCAUCGUUUUCUACGGAAUAGAACGCGGGUUGUUUGUGUUAUCGGUUUUGUAUAUCUGCCUGUGGGUUGCAAUGUGAACGAUUUUUUGACGAGACGGCUCGCGGUAAGCAGCCAAUGGGAGGGGGCGGCUGCAUCGGGGCACACGUCAGCCGGGCAUUAUGCAUUUUGCCCCAACUGCCAGAUCGUGGCGUAAGGAAGCAGCGGAUUGGAGGUGUGGCGUGGAAAGCAUGCGUGACUUGAAGACUACAGGAUUACAAGUAAGCACAGUGUACGUUUGAUAUCGGACGGGAACAGGCGUGUGUCACAUUAUCGAAGCUCGCCGCCGGCAUGCAGGAGAGUCUGACUGCAGUAGGAGAGGGUUGCGCCGUAUGACACGCGAGGGAGAGUGUGGGAGCGGAUGUGAGCACACGAGUAAGAUGAACAACGGACAAAGUGCGAUAAAGCUGGCGUGCAACCGCCGACCCUGUACGGCGCGGACAGAGUUGACACAUGCGAGCACUAGGUAAUGACACGCGAGAAAUGCACCCGUUUGAUGAUAUUUGCUGAAAACGUUUGUGGGGUUCCGAUUGUCGCAGGGAAGCAAAGGGAGUGUGACACGCGCUCCGAGACGCUGCAUGAGUUGAAGCAGGUGGAGGGGUGGGCCACGUGACGGCAGUGAGCUGGAUUUUGAGCUUACAGAUUUAUGGCAUGAAAGGAUUGAACACCGGGAGGAAGCUCCUGGCCAAUAACAGCAGGCCCGGUCAUGGGCGCGGAAGGCCCAUACCAGGCAAAUGCUGGAGGAGGGGAGGUCCUGCCCCUGCCUGCGCCUAGCAAAGUAGCGAAGUGCUUUCGAAACGCGAACGCGGAUGUGCUCGACACCAUGAGACGUUGUAGUCGCGAAUAGCUGGCCGGCAAAGACCGGAGACGGUUGAGCUGUAACCAGAUAUGGCGCACAGCGGCCUUCUUGCUCUUCCAGUUCGGAGUAGCAGACGUGAUUCAACGCGAGGUUUUACGACUGCACGCUGCGCUGCAGUUAAUAGGUCGACUGCGUGCAGGUUCUGUGACGGCUGGCGGUCGACGGCGUCGGCAUGCAGUGCAACUCACACACACAUAGCAGCACACCUGACCUGAGAGGUGCGUGUGUGGGGGGGGGGGGGCGACCUCCUCAUCCUCGCUCCCCACCGCGGUACCGUCACCCUCGCUGCUGCUGCACCAUUUCUGGGACUGUCCCAUCGCACGGAGCGUACUGGAGUCUUGCAAGACGCCAUCAACGCUGGCGGCAAUGGCGCGGGCUGCUCGGUUAAGCGGCUCCAUGGCUGGCUGCUAGAGAGCCCGGACCACACUUAAGUCUUGGCCAAGUGCAGCUCUGUGUGUGGGAAGUGGUACCUCCCCUUACCUCCCCUGGUCCG